AUUCUUUCAAUGACAAUAGGGGUGCAGUUUUUUCCUCAAUAUUUGUUGGACAAGGUACGUAGUUCGUAAAGGAAACCAUCGCAGAACAGAAAAAUGGCGAAAUGKUUAGAAAGAAGAGAGAACGACAAUGUUUGCUGCGGGUGUCUCCGUGCCUUCUUUCGCUUCCUGCGCAGCGAUCUUUUGCUGACAUUCAUUCUUAUUGGUGUCGUGAUCGGCUUUAUCAUUGGAAUAACAGCAAAUGGAAAAAUCAACGMCAUCACCGACGUUGAAGACAGGAAAACUGCAGUGAUGCUGAUAGGAUUCCCAGGMGAGCUGUUCAUGAACAUGCUCAAAUUGUUAAUCCUUCCUCUGAUCGUCGCCAGCCUCGUCACUGCUGUUGCAUCCCUUGAUUCUAAAGCAACAGCCAAAAUCGGUCGCCGCACUGUUAUAUAUUUCUUGAGUACGACUUUUGUCGCAGUUGUCCUGGGUAUUAUCUUAGUGACGUCCAUCCAGCCAGGAAAGGGAGGAAAACCAAAUGUUGAUGGGAAAUACACGCCAAAAUUUCGGACUGUUGAUUCGUUCCUCGAUCUGAUCAGGAGUUUAUUUCCACCAAACAUCGCCGAAGCUACCUUUAAUCAAAGACAGACGAAAUACUCAUCACUGGAAGCCAAGUAUCGAGAAUACAACAAGACAAUAGAGACMAACAAACAAAACGAAACAAGCGGAAUCAUCGCUGAAUUUGCCGUGAAUGCCACCCACAAGGUCGUCACGGUGAAGGAGCUUGUGAGCAGAUCAUACAGCAAGAUCCCUGCAGGUACUUCCCCCGUUCAUGGAAGCUCAAUGAAUGUUCUUGGUCUGGUACUGUUCUCCAUCGUGUUGGGAGCCGUGCUGAGUAGGAUGGGAGAGCAGGGAAUGCCACUGAAGACGCUGUUUGAGUCGCUAAACCAAGCGGUGAUGAGGAUGAUUACAAUUGUUAUGUGGUCCUCUCCAAUCGGCAUCUGCAGUCUGACCGCGGCCAAGUUGGUUGCCAUGGAUGACAUACUAAAAUCCCUAGAGGCCUUAGGAUUGUUUAUGGUCACCUCAAUUGUAGGGGUUCUCAUCCAUACGUUAAUUAUCCUACCUCUCAUCUACUUUAUUGUAACGCGAACUAACCCGUACAAGUUUAUGGCCAAAAUGAGUGACGCGCUUAUCACRGCUUGGGGAACAGCAUCCAGUGCUGCAACGCUUCCGACCACGAUUCGAUGUACGGAAGAGAAGCUCGGUAUUGAUCCCCGCAUCACCAGGUUCGUGUUACCCCUUGGAGCUACAGUCAACAUGGAUGGUACUGCUCUGUAUGAAGCAGUGGGGGCUAUCUGGAUCGCGCAGAUGAACAACAUACCAAUGGGAGCGGGGAAAAUCAUCACCACUUGCCUCACAGCCACUGCUGCCGCCGUUGGAGCCGCUGCUGUUCCAUCAGCAGGUCUCAUUACCAUGGUGAUUGUCUGUCAAGCCAUCAAUGUUCCUGCAGAAGACAUUGGUCUGAUCUUCGCGGUCGAUUGGUUCAUUGAUCGAUUCCGUACCGYCUCCAACGUCAUGGGCGACGCCUUUGGCUCAGGAGUCGUUUUCAAGUUAUCCAAAGAAGAUCUCCUUCAUGAUGACCCAUUGAUGGAAUAGAAAACGACAAACCAUACACCAAGGAUAACGGCUUGGGGAAAGCUAACCUACUACACGAAAACACUGCUCUGUAAUCGUACAAGAUUAGUUUGCUUAUUUUCCCUUUCUAAACAUUCAAAAGACCUGGUAAACUCCGAUAACGCGGUUUACUAUUUUUUCUAAUAACACUAGAACACGAAGCACRAAAAAUGCUAAAACACAUGUGUAAAGAUGAUAAUAAUAAUAAAAUUAUUAUUUUCUAACAACAAGCACACGAAGCACGAAAAAUUUUAAAACACAUAUAUGUAAAGAUAAUGAUACUACUACUACUACUACUACUGCUGCUGCUGCUGCUGCUGCUGCUGCUGCUGCUACUACUACUACUAAAGAUAAUAAUAAAGAUAAUAAUAAAAUAUUUUCGACGAGCUGCAGCCGUGGUCGCAAAUUUCCCGUCAUUUUAUUAAACCGUUAAGGAUGAUAACGUUUACAAUUUUUUCUAUUAACAAGAACACGAAGCACGAAAAAUGCUAAAACACAUGUGUAAAGAUGAUAACAAUAAUAAAACUGUACACUAMAUGCA